UCUGGCCUCACUCCUCCUGUCCGUACCAGCAGCCUUUGGUAGGGGCCGUCGCUUACCAGCAGAGGGCACUGUGAGGAGGGGGCUUCUAGAUGCGUGACCUGCAUCAAAGCUGCCUCCUUUCCUCCUCCCUUCCAGACCGGCCCUGGGAAGUGUGCUGACUCCCAGGCCUCACCUGGACUUUGCCAAUAGACAAAGACAUUCUCCGCCACCCCUCCAUAGCGUGACUGGGAGCUGCCGGGAAGUGGCAGGCCACACCUGCCUGCAUUCCCCGCCCAAGUCCACUUGUCUGCUGGCCUGGAGACAGGUCUGGUUGGCCUUUCUGCUUCUUAGAGAAGGAAUUAUUGCUUCUGGGCGUGCUAGCAGCCUCUUGGAACAAACUGAUAUUAAGGCCCUUGGCCUUGGCUGGUACAGGGGUGUAGGCGUGACCAGGCAGAUGAGCCCCCAGGACAGCAGUUCUGUGUACCCUUUCCAGUUCCUUCUGUUGGUGGGGAUACCUGUGGCCAGUGUUUUCCUUCUGCUUCAGUGCCUUCGCUGGCACUGUUCUCGGUGGCUGCCAGAAGACUGCAGGAAUCCAGAUGACCAAGAGGAAACAGUGUUCCCACCCACUCCAUUGCCAGAGUAUGAGCCCCCAAGGCAGGGCCCACCCCCGACAAUACCGGAGGUGGCUGCGUUCUACCAGGAGCUCCAGACGCCCACCCGGGGCCAGACCGUCACACGGAAGCUGAUGCAUAAGCUGCUGGUGUAUUCUGCUCGAGAGGUGGAUCACCGUGGCGGAUGCCUGAUGCUGCAUGACACAGGCAUUUCUCUGCUCAUCCCGCCAGGUGCUGUGGCAGUGGGUCGUCAGGAGAGGGUGUCCUUGGUUCUGGUGUGGGACCUGACAGAUGCCCCAUCAUUGUCUCACAGACAGGGGCUAGUGAGUCCUGUGGUGGCUUGUGGCCCUCAUGGAGCCUCCUUCCUGAUGCCUUGCACCCUCACAUUCAAGCACUGUGCCCAGGAGCCCAGUCAGGCCUGUGCCUACACCAGCAAUACUCCCUUGCUGGAUGCCAAGAACUGGAGGCGUCUGGGUCGGCCGGGGGCUUAUACCUCCCGGGAUGAAUGUCGUAUCCUGCUCUCUCACUUCAGCCUCUACACCUGCGUUCUGGAGGCACCCCUGGGUCAGACAGCCCGCAAAUGGCUGCAGCUGGCAGUGUUCUGCUCCCCUCUGGCACCCGGGCAGACCCACCUGCAGUUGCGUGUCUACUUCCUGAACAAUACUCCCUGCGCCCUGCAAUGGGCUAUCACCAAUGAGCAGCCCCAUGGUGGACGCAUGCGUGGGCCCUGCCAGCUCUUCGACUUCACUGGGGCCAGAGCAGACCAGUGCCUGAAGCUCAAGUACAUCUCUGAGGGUUGGGAAAACGUGGAUGACAGCAGUAGCCAGCUGGUUCCCCACCUUCAUAUCUGGCAUGGAAAGUGCCCCUUCCGUUCUUUCUGCUUCCGGAGAAAGGCAGCCAAUGAGAAUGAAGACUGCUCGGCAGUAACCAAUGAGAUCAUUGUCACCAUGCACACCUUCCAGGAUGGCUUGGAAGCCAAGUACACGGAAAUCCUCAGGUUCCAGGCCUCAGAGGAAGAGCCCUGGGCGGCACCGCCUCCUGUCUCUCAGCCUCCCCCAUGCAAUAGGCUGCCCCCGGAGCUCUUUGAGCAGCUGCAGAUGCUGCUGGAGCCCAGCAGUGUCACUGGGAAUGACUGGCGUAGACUGGCCUCCCACAUGGGGCUGUGUGGCAUGAAAAUCCGGUUCUUGUCCUGCCAACGCAGCCCAGCCGCGGCCGUCCUGGAGCUGUUCGAGGAACAGAAUGGCAGCCUGCAGGAGCUUCACUACCUCAUGACCUCCAUGGAACGGUUGGACUGUGCCUCCGCCAUCCAGAACUACCUAAACCGAACCCCCCGGGGCAGCCCUGCCAUGAUGCACGGAAGCACCUGGGAAGAACAUCUGGGAAGAACACCUGGGAGAACACCUGGGAAGCACCUGGAGCUGGAUGAGAAACUCUAAGCAUGCCCUGCGGGUCCUCGCGGGGUGCUGCAGUAGGCCAGGUCAUGCCUAUGAGUUCAGGGUCAUUGGCACAGACCCGGGUGGACCGAGCUGAAACACCCAGCGAGGCUAGGCUAGACUGCCUUACCAUCAGCCCCGCAUCAGGACCGCUCUCUCUCCUGUUGGCCAACUUUGUCUUGAGUGCAGGUUCCCUCCUGGUCGGUAGAGGGCGCGAGAGUCUGGGAGAUAGCCACAGCCCAGUCAGCUUCCAAAAUGCUGCUUUAGUUUCUCGUGGACGGCCAGGUGGCCCUGCAAUCACACUGAGAUGGAGACUGCUCAGUUCACAAAAAUUCAGGGAGCACUGAGUCUCAGCACCAAGCAGGAAUCAUGGGGGAAACGUCGGCUUCUUUGAUCUUGUUCUGGAGUCUGUUCUGCCGAAUUGAGAUGCCCUCACCAUCAGCUGAGCGCGACAUUCUAGAAGUGCCUUCCUAUGGUUAGGCGAUGCGGUGGGUGUGUAGCUGUGCUUAGCUUUGGGUUGAGAAGGGAGGGCGCUGAGGUGUGGGCCCGAGCAAAGAGUAGACUCCAGAGAGGAUCAUGGGAGAGAUCUUUGGGUGGGGCUUGGGGAAUAGGGUGGGUGCACAGAGUAGAACCAAGAGUGAAUGUGUUGGGCUGCCUUAGGAGCUCACCUGAGGGGUGUGAGGAGGUUGGCAGCGGGUUCAAGGCCAGAUCUAGAGAAGGCAGUCAUACCUACUGGCCUCACGCUCCUGUCCCUUCAUGUCUUCCCAUCUUCCCAUGAAGGUCACACCUAUCUUCGUUCUCUGCCACUGUCUCUCUCACCACACACACACACACACACACACACACGCACGCACGCAUGCAUGCACGCACACGCAUUCGCGCGCACCCCCCCCCCCCCCCACGAAGCUGAGAAGCAUUCAGGGUACACAUUCUUUCGCAGCCCAGGUCUUUCCACCUCCAGCUGAGCGUGUUAAGCCUCUGGCUCCUUUUCCUACAGUUGCCCCCUUUCAGGGUUAACCUGACCUUCUGUGCUCAGGGCUUCACACUGCUUCGUCUCUAUCUAGUUAUGUACACCGCCCCAUCUUUGUGUGCUUUUUUUUUAUUAAAACAAAUCCCCCGUCACUGCCUCAGGUGAGUGUCUCAGAACUAAUGCUGAUAUCAAGACUCCUGAAAGAGCCUCAACUAUUCGGGGAGUGAAUGAGCACAGAUACCCCCAGAUCAAGGUCUCCUUUAAGGCCAGGAAGUAAAGACUGGACACUCCACACAGUCAGCAGUUCAGGUUAUUAAUACUCUUGCUUCCCAAUAGUUCUGUUAAUUUGUCCAAAGACAGACGAUCUCUCUGAAAGCCCUAACAAUUCAUUUCCACAUUAAAGUAAAAAUUGGUACUAUUUUAAUGGUGAGCAAUAUUAGUAAAAUAUAAAAAUGCCUUUCUUCUUAACUAAGUUUUGCCAAGACUGAUAACUUUGCAUAUAGGUAUGACUUUUUAAUACAGUUUUAAAAUUUCAAUUGUAUUCUGUGUAGAUAUCUGUAUAUGUGAGUGCAGGUGGCAGUGAGGGGCAGAAGAAGCCAUUGGCUCUGUGAGCCAUCUGGCCAGGGAGCUGGGAACUGAACUCUGGUCCUGACCACUGAGCUGUCUCUCCAGGCUCCAGUGACCUUGGGUGGUAACAGUAUACAGAUGAAUAUUCUGCAGUGCACUUCUAGGAUGAAAGCAGGCCAGUACCAGGCAGCUCAGUUCUCCUUCUUGGAGCAAGCCUUAGGAUUUGGGCCCUUCUGGCCCCUCUCUGUUCUUUAAGCCUCACUUGUCGCCUUCUGCCCUUUUUCCUCCCUUCUUUCCACACCACUGCUGAUCUGUCCGAGUCGGUGCCUUGGCUCAGAAUCGGCCAGCAAAGGGCACUUUCUCCCUCCAUCCCCCGCAGUUUCUUCUCUGCAGGUCAAUCAAAGGCAUCCUUGGAGUCCUUUCUGGAACAAUUGAUUUUAUAUAGCAAACAAAAGCCACAGGGGUUACAGGAGAGGGGGAUUGUGGGAGUUCUGGUUCCCAUCAUGGGAGAGAACUCUUUCUGGCGUGUGUUAAGGUUUACUAGAGGGACAGGAGUGAUGAUACACACACACACACACACACACACACACACACACACAUUAAAAUGGUGCUUAUUAGGCUGACUUAUAGGAUAUGAGCUGAAAAGUCCAACAUGGCUGUCUUCACACCAAAGAGACUGAGAACCUGGCAGCUGUUUAGUCCAUAUGGCUGGGUUCCCUAGCAAUCCCAGUUUGUGCCAAAGGUCUAGAGGGUUCCUGGAGAAUCACUAGCCUUCUGUCCAGCAUUGGAAGCCUAAAGAGAGGAACAGGGAACUGGGGUUUGAUAUCAGUAAAGAGUUGCCACCGCCACUGCCAUGGGGUGGAGGAGCUUGCCAGCCAGGGUGAAGGCAAGCAGGCAAAGGGCCAAGCCUUUUCUCUUGGUCUUUCCUUUCAUCUGUCACCGGAAGGUACUCCCCAUACCCCCACAUGUAGGGUGGAUCUUGCCCACUCCAAAUAAGAAAAUCAAAGCUAACCUCACCUCACAGGCGUGCCCAGCAGCUCGCAUUUGAGCUGAUUCCAGAUCCAGGCAAUAUGACAACCAAGAUUAGUCAAUCAGGCUGCCUAGGCCAGCUUCUCAGGAUGAGUUUCCAGGGCAGAUAAAAGGAUGCUUGGACAUCCCUGGACAAGUGCAGGCUACAUGGUUCUCACCUGACUAGUGUAUAUUUCUGGUAACUAAAGUCAAGAGAGGGUGAUGAUAGUGGGUGCCAGAAGACUUAAUGUUUUGCCCUAACUUUUGGGCUGACCAGAACAGGGCCUUUCUACCCUCAGAGCCAAGCAAAAGUAGAAGAGGUCUACCAAGGACCUUUGAGUCAACAGUCUGGACCGAGAUGUCUCGCAGUGACCCUGUCACAUGGAGCUAUUUCCCCCUUGUGCAUUGACUUUACUAAAAGCGCUUGAUGGCUGCAUGAGGCUUCUCUUCCAACCCUUCCCUUGAUAGGUCACCAGUCUGGUCCCAAGAAACAAAUUCGUGACUGCUCUCCUGAGUGUCACAGAGGCCUUGUCUUGUCUUGCUCCCAUGGGCAAGGGUCUGGAGGUAGACAGGGGGGAAUCACAGGGUGGAGUGGAGUCGGCACCUCCAGGGCUCACAUGUAAGCCUGUCUCAGUACUUACUCAGAGCGCGGGUGAUAGCACUGAGGUCCAGAUCUUCGUUAUCCAUUGAAAUACAGUGACACACACACACACACACACACACACACACACACACACUCGCAUUUUCUAAGAGUCACUUCAAAAAUGUAAAAAGAGGAAUGCUGAGAUGGCUCAGAGGCACUUGCUGCCAAACGGGACAACCUGAGCUCAUACCUAGGACUCACCCGGUAGAAGGAUGGGACCGAUUCCUGCAGGUUGUCUCCUGACCUCUAUACACACACUGUGGCACAAGUGUGACUCCCUUCUCCUGGAAAUAAAUGUAAUAAAAUUUUUAAUGUAAAAAGAGGCACGUGACAUCAAUUUUGUUAAAUCAAAUAUAUCCAGGUUAUCAUUUCCACAUACAACCAUUCAAAAAUUAAUGGUGUAUUUAAAUUCUUUAGAAGUUUACUAUUUUAAUCAAUUAAUUUGUGUAU